GCAGCUUCAGUUCCACUGCGCAUGCGUCAUACCCCAAACCUAACCUCCUUCUACAGGCCUUGAUGUCAGAGCGGAAGUUCAGAUGUUCGUCUUGUUUAAUGUUCCGGGUCGCUCAUUCCAAACAACAACAGUCACUUUAGGAGUUAUUAAGCGAUUUCCGUGUCAGUAGCAGAGCUCUGCAGUGAUGAUGUCCAGUAACGGUGAGGAGCGGAGCGGCUCGGCUCUCAGGUGCUUCGGACAGUAUACCUACACAGCGGAGGAGCACCAGGCGGUGCACCGAGCUCUGCGACAGAGGCUGGGCCCGGAGUACAUCAGCAGCAGGAUGGCUGGAGGAGGACAGAAGGUUUGCUAUGUUGAAGGGCAUCGUGUGAUCGGCCUGGCCAACGAGAUGUUUGGAUACAACGGAUGGUCUCACUCCAUCUCUCAGCAGAACGUCGACUUCAUCGACCACCUCAACGGGAAGUUCUAUGUGGGAGUCAGUGCGUUUAUCAAAGUGCAGCUGAAGGACGGGUCGUUCCAUGAGGAUGUCGGGUACGGAGUCAGUGAAGGACUGAAGUCUAAAGCUCUGUCGCUGGAGAAGGCCAGAAAGGAAGCUGUGACGGACGGCAUGAAGAGAGCACUGAAAUGCUUCGGUAACGCUCUUGGAAACUGCAUCCUGGAUAAAGAAUACCUCAUAGCCAUUAACAAGAUCCCCAAACAGCCUCGACCUCCUGUGGACCCGGCCCAGACCAAGCGCUCUGAGGGGGAGCCGUCAGUGGAGAAGGCCCGGAUCUCCAGUCUGGUCCGAGAGCAAAAGCUCGUAUCUGCGGCGGGUCCUGGCAGGACGCCGCUGGAGCCCAGAGUCCUCAACCAGAACCAGAACUAUUCAGACGUUCAUACCCCUACAGCUGCUGGCCCCGCUGACAGGAGGAGUGAGAACCUGGACUCCAGACCCGUCACGGACUCGGUAGACGUCAGCGGGUCUGAAGUGCACACGGACCCCAAACAGCUGAGAAAGCUCCGGCAGCAGCAGCUUCAAGAGAAGUUCCGGAGAGAGAUGGAGACCCGGAAGCUGCAGCAGAAACAGGAUUACGCCAAGUCUGAGGACACAGAGGUCGUUAUUGGACGAGGAUCCAGCGGAGGUCAUGAAGAUGUACCUGCGUGCAGGGACAGCAGCUCAGCUGGACACAGGAAGCCCAGCAGCAGGGACGAGCAUCUAGCAGACGAUCCUGAGCUCUGGGAUUUCACUCUGGACGGGAUCGAUGCGCUGGAUAUCCCUUCAGGCAGCCCGCUCUCCAGAGAACUCCGGCCCGGCACGCCCGGGAAUCACCAGAUGCAGACGCGAAGUAAGACCCCUCAAAGAGCCCCGGGCAGACCUCCGGACGAGGGCCCUUCGUACAGCCGAGGACAGGACCGGGCUCAGCACAGACCUCAACAUCAGAACCAGUAUCAGGCCGGACCAGGUGAAGCCGUCAGUCCGUACAGACACGGACAGAACAUGAAGAAACGCCGACUGGACACUUGAGAGUUCAUGUUGCUUCCUCAACACUUUAUAACAUUGAUUUUACUUUUGUUUUCAUAUUUAUUUAAUUUUUGCAAUGAGUUGC